AUGAAUUGGCAAGACAUUGCCGAGGAAUCUCAAGCUAAAGUGCUUAACUCCAUCCCUAACCGCUGGCGAUUAGAUGUCAAUCAGUAUCAAGACCUCAAAGAUAUCACCAAUGUGCCGUACAUCUGCGGCCUGCUCACUGAAGAGCAGCUCAAAAUCACGGAACUCACAGCCACAGAAAUAGUCAAGAAAGUUGAGACUCGCGAGCUGAAAUCAGUGCAACUCUUGGAAGCAUUUGCUGGACGCGCUGCUAUCGCGCAUCAACUGGUCAAUUGCCUGACCGAAUGGUUCUAUGAAGAAGGCCUCGCACAAGCAAGAGAGCUUGAUGAAGCGCUAGAGAAGGGUGGUCAUCUGAAGGGUGUACUGCAUGGUGUUCCUAUCGCUCUCAAGGAUAUCCAUUGCGUUGCAGGCCAUGCUUCGACAAUGGCUUUCGUCUCAGGCAGGAACAAUAUCGUCAGCCAGGAUUCCGCCGUCGUUGCUGCCUUGCGAAAUGAAGGCGCCAUAUUCUUCUGCAAGACCACCAUGCCUCAAUCAGCUAUGGCAAUCGAGACGGUCAGCAACCUCUGGGGUCGCACGUUGAACCCUUCUAAUCGGGACCUGAACGCCGGAGGUAGUUCUGGAGGCGACGCUGUCCUGGUAGCUAUGAAGGGUACACCUCUCACGCCCUCGACUGAUCUCGGCGGAUCGAUUCGUGUACCAGCUGCUUUCAAUGGACUCUAUGCUCUCAAACCAACAGCUGCACGAAUCCCAAAAGGUGGGAUGCCGGACCUUGGUCAGAGUCUGAUUCAAGUGUCCUUUGGACCUAUUUGUCACUCCAUUGAGGAUAUGGAGUUACUAACCCGAGUCAUCAAUGCUCAUCCUCACAACAGAUUCGAUGUGACUUGCGCGCCUGCUCCAUGGAGGAGGAUCGACGCCCCAGAAGGGAAGCUGAGGAUUGGGCUGAUGAAAUGGGAUGGUGUGGUGAAGCCUCAUCCACCAAUUCUUCGAGCAUUGGAGCGUACCCAACAGCUCCUGAUAGCAGCUGGACACGAGGUUGUUGACUUCAAGCCGCCCUUCGACUGCUGGCAAGCUUUGAGGACCACCUUCGACAUAUACUAUCAAGGUGGAGCUGAUGGGACCGUCGCUGCACUUGAAGAGUCUGGUGAGCCCAUAAUCCCAGCGUUUGCCGACUUACUCAAGGUCUUCAAUGUUCGGAAACUUCCCGCUUCAGAGAUUCUACAGUUGAGUGCCAAGGUACGAGACUACAAAGAGCAGUUCCUGGCAGCAUGGGAUAAAACAGCCAAUGACGGCCGUCCUAUCGACGUCUUGAUAUGUCCUCCGGCACCCGGCGUUGGUUAUCCUCAUGACUUCAAUACAUACUGGGGAUACACAUCGCUCCUCAACCUAAUCGACUAUCCUUCUGCGAUAUUGCCGAUACCAGGACUCAAGGUCAGCUCUGAGCAGGAUCCUCUUGAUUUGGAAUACGUACCGUUGGACACCAAUCCCUACGAUAAACCCAACCACGAGACUUAUGACCCCAGCCUUGUCGAGAACCAAGCAAUAAGUAUACAAGUGGUCGGUCGUCCUUUCGAAGACGAAGAACUCAUUCAAAUAUCCUCGAGUCUUGAUGCAUUGUUUCGCGGUCUCUAG